CCCCCCAUGUGCCUGGAGAUCGGGCAGAGACGGGGCCGGACAGACGGACCCACGGACGGAAUCCGUCGAGGCCGAUGGAGAACCGCACCUUGGACUCAGGUAUCCGGGAUGUCUACACCCCUGCCAGCCACCUCCAGCAGAAAACGGUGGGAGCCUCGGGGAAGCACAGGACUGGCUUCAAAGAUCUCAUGGUCAAGCUGACUGAAGGACAGUAUGUGUUAUGCAGGUGGACAGAUGGACUAUAUUACCUGGGAAAAAUUAAGAGGGUGAGCAGUUCAAAGCAGAGCUGUCUUGUGACAUUUGAAGACAAUUCCAAGUACUGGGUCCUGUGGAAAGACAUUCAACAUGCUGGUGUCCCAGGGGAGGAGCCCAAGUGUAAUAUCUGCCUGGGGAAGACAUCCAGACCCCUGAAUGAAAUCCUCAUUUGUGGAAAGUGCGGCCUAGGUUACCACCAGCAGUGCCACAUCCCUGUAGCAGGCAGUGCUGACGGCUCCCCACUCACACCAUGGUUCUGCAGACGUUGCAUUUUCGCCCUGGCCGUUCGGAAAGGUGGGGCGCUGAAGAAAGGAGCCAUCGCCAAGACACUGCAGGCUGUCAAGAUGGUGCUGUCCUACGACCCCGAGGACCUGGAAUGGGACUCUCCACACAGAACCAACCAGCAGCAAUGCUACUGUUACUGUGGAGGCCCCGGAGAGUGGUACCUGAAGAUGCUUCAGUGUUACAGGUGCAGGCAGUGGUUUCAUGAAGCCUGCACCCAGUGCCUUAAUGAACCCAUGAUGUUUGGAGACCGGUUCUAUAUUUUUUUCUGCUCGGUGUGCAACCAGGGACCAGAAUACAUCAAGAGGCUGCCCUUGAGGUGGGUGGAUGUGGUUCACCUGGCCCUUUACAACCUAGGAGUGCAGAGCAAAAAGAAGUACUUUGACUUCGAGGAAAUCUUAGCCUUUGUCAAUCAUCACUGGGAGCCCCUUCAGCUCGGGAAGCUGACCAGUACCCCAGUGGCAGAACGGGGACCCCACCUCCUCAAUGCACUAAACAGCUACAAAAGCAGAUUUCUCUGUGGCAAGGAAAUCAAGAAGAAGAAGUGCAUCUUCCGCCUGAGGAUCCGGGUGCCCCCCAACCCCCCAGGGAAGCUGCUGCCGGACAAGGGAGCCGGUCCGAGCGAGAACAACUCCUCGGAGCUGCGGAAAAGAGGGAAGAGCAAACACCCUUCUGAGCACAGUUUGCUGCCUCAUGAGUUUCAACAGCAGAAAAGGCGAGUUGUUAGAAGAAAAAGAUCAAAAUUUUUGUUGGAGGAUGCUAUUCCCAGUAGUGACUUCACCUCUGCCUGGAGCACGAACCACCAUCUGGCCAGCAUAUUUGACUUUACACUGGAUGAAAUUCAGAGUUUAAAAAGUGCUAGUUCAGGCCAGACUUUCUUCUCUGACCUGGACUCCACAGAUGCAGCCAGCACUUCAGGUUCGGCCUCCACCAGCCUGUCCUACGAGUCCAGGAGAAAUGUAGGCAGCCGGAAGAGGAAGCUGGCGGCCAAAGUCUACACCUCUCUGGGGGUGAAGAGGAAAGCCACUGAGUCAGGCGGGCGUGGGGGUGGCUGCCCCUCGGACAGCAGCGCCGAGGGAGGGGUGUCCGGUCCUGAGCGCCCAGACGAUGGAAUUGACAGCCACACAUUUGAGAACAUCAGCGAGGAUGACUCCUCUCUUUCCCACCUCAAAUCCUCCAUCACCAAUUAUUUCGGAGCAGCUGGGCGGCUGGCCUGUGGCGAGAAGUACCAGGUUUUGGCCCGGAGAGUGACCCCAGAGGGGAAGGUCCAGUACCUGGUUGAGUGGGAAGGGACCACCCCAUACUGACAGAGCAAACGACGCUGAGCUCGGCCCAGGUGGAGGGGGAGAGAGAGUCCGGACAGAAGCGCGGAAACCAAAGGAGAAGGGGACACUCUGCUUGGGGGCAUCCUGGAACAGGGAGGAGGGGACAGUUAAUCCAGGAAAACGGGGUGAUGGCUGAAUGCCAGACAUGGCCAGUGAGCUUUGGUGUUAAGGUGGGGAGGGUGCAGGGGAAAGGGCAUGGGCAGGCUGGGGGUGUGCAGAACAUUGGGAACCACGACGUCGCCCUUGUGUGAUGGUGCUCGUGCUGCUGAAGGCAUUCUGGGGGCCCAGGUCUAGAACUGACUCUUCCCUCCUCUAUUGUCUCUUCUCUUCUUUCCUUCUCUCUUCCUGCCCAGUCUAUUUUACUGGUGUAUAUUCAGAUAGGAUCAACUAGGUGCCUUUCUCUAACUGACCUACUCAAAGGCAUUAUGUGGUAGUGAGAGCUGUUAGCAGUUCUGCUUUUCAUACAGUACUUGUCUGCCUGCCAGUGGUCUGGAUCGGCACCAGCAGGAACCGGUGAGGCGGGCAGCCCUGCCUCGGUGGUGUGGAUCGAAGUAGAACUCGUUGACAGGCUCCCCAUCAUCCGUCCCACCCUUGCCGCAGUUAUACUGACAGGGAAAGUGCAACUGUCACGAAAUACUCAUUGUGGGGGGAAGGAAAGAAACUUUAGUGAAACUAAUCAAAGCCCUUCUUGGUAAUGCUGUACUUCCUUGCAGAGGGCGUAGAUCUAGGGAAAGCAGCGGGAGAGAAGAGCAAGGUCAUUUUUAAUGAUGUGGAUAGUCCCCAUUGCAGUUCCAUCUUUAGAGAACUCCCUGGUAAGGGGGAUUAGUUCUUACAACCUAGUAACAUGGAAAGUGGCUCCUUUCCUGGAGUUGCAAAUUCUAAGAGGGUUUAAAUGAGAAACAUAGCAUUUGGUGGGGGUUUUUUGUAUUUUUCCA